AUGGAUAAUAUCCAUAACACCCAAAAGGACCCAGAUGUCUACAUCUCGCCCACCCUCAAACCAGGGCCUGCCCUCCCCAAAGUCGGUGACCGCACACCGCGUAUCGUCCACGAUGAAGAGGCUCAGAAUCUACGCAAGGGGUUGCAAGAACGCCAUACCCAGAUGAUAGCCAUCGCGGGUGCCAUUGGAACCGGCCUCUUCCUUGGUCUAGGCAGCUCCAUCCAGACUGGUGGCCCGCUCGGCGCCCUACUCGGCUAUCUACUGAUCGGCCUGGUGGUCUGCGCUGUGCAAAUCGCCCUAGGUGAAGUGUCAGCCCUGAUGCCCGUGACCGGCUCUUUUGUCCGGCACGUCGAGCUACUCGUCGAUCCGGCUCUCGGUUUCGCGAUAGGUUGGAACGUCGUCUACGGUUGCUUCAUGUCCGUGCCCAGCGAGAUCUCCGCGGCUGUCGUCCUAAUUCAGUACUGGAAUGACACCCUCAACCCCGCUAUCUGGGUGACGAUCCUGAUCGUCAUCUCGGCAAUCGUCUCGCUGCUCUUCAUCCGAGUCUACGGAGAAGUAGAGUUCGUCUUCGCCAUCCUGAAGAUCCUCCUCAUCAUCGGCAUCAUCCUCAUGGGCUUGGUGAUCGACCUCGGCGGCGUCUCGGGUACUCCGCGUCUCGGGUUCCAUUACUGGAAAGACCCCGGCCCGUUUGUCGAAUAUAUUGCCUCGGGACCGUGGGGCCGAUUCCUCGGUUUCUGGGCAGUCACGACAAAUGCCGUAUACUCUUUCUCCGGGGUGGAAAGUCUAACCAUUGCAGCAGCGGAGAUGGCGAACCCGCGACAAAACAUCCCCCGCGCAUGUAAACGCGUCUUCGCGCGCGUUACUAUCUUCUACUUUCUCGCUGUGCUGAUCGUCGGGAUGAUAGUUCCAAGUAACGAUCCCCGACUGGGCAGUGAAUCCGGCACGGCAGCGCAGAGUCCAUUCGUGAUCGCUGCAUCCGAUGCAGGGAUUAAAGUAGUACCGUCGAUUAUUAAUGCCGUUGUGUUGACGUCUGCGUGGUCAGCAUCGAAUCAGAGUAUUCUGGCUGGAACACGCACGUUGUACGGUCUCGCGCUAAAGGGACACGCCCCGGCGGUGUUCUUGCGGACGACAAGACAUGGUGUACCGUAUGCUUGUGCUGUGGCGCAGAUUGCUGUGUCCGCGUUAGCGUACCUUACGUGCCAGAACGAGGCUUAUACGGUGUUUAAUUGGUUGUUAGAUUUGACGGCGGCGGGUGUGUUGAUUUCGUGGGGCACGAUUGCGAUGAAUCAUAUCAGGCUGAUGAGGGGGUUCAAGGCGCAGGGGUUGGAUACGGCGGAGAUGCCGUGGCAUCAUUGGUGGUCUGUGUAUACAUCCUGGUUUGCUUUGGUGAUGUGUGUGAUUGUUUUGCUCACGGGUGGAUUCACGGUGUUUACUCAUGGCAAUUGGGAUGCUUCGAGUUUUGUUUCGUCGUACUUGGAUAUUCCACUCGUACUGGCUUUCUAUCUGGGCUAUAAGUUCUGGAUGAAGACAGAAACGGUAUCGAGUUACGAGAUACCGCUGGAGCAGGCUCUGCUUGAGUGUCGCAAUGACCCUGAUAAUGUACCCAUUCAGCGGAGCAAGUGGGCGAGGUGGAAUAUUUUGUGGGGAUAA